UGGGUCGGUCCGACCAAUGUGCUCUUCGCAAGAGACUUGCUUCGUACUGAGGGUGCUUGCCCACGCCCGCCCGCUCGCCCAUGUCGCCGAUAUCGACCACUCAACUCAGCUCCAAAGCGACUCUCUCCUGCGUGACUCGUGACCUUCACUCUCUUACCAUCUUGGCAACCUGCCUUUGUCCCGCUGCGGUCCUUGGGAACUGAGGCGGAGUUUGUGCUAUGACGGCCUACAGAGUCAGGUCACCUAUCAAGCAUUGCAGCUACCGCGAAUGAGACAACAGGCAUAAUGGCGCCACCACAAACAAUGGAGAAGGACGAGAAGGAGGCAAAGGCGAUGGAGAAUCGUCGCGGAAAGACCAAGGGCCCGAGGAAGUCCGAUGCCGAGCGCAUCCUCUCGGCGGCUUUGGAGACCGACUUCACCCAGCCCGCCCAGGCCCAAGAGUUUGAGAUCAAGUGGAAAGAGAAGGUUCAGAAGAAAUCUGGCAGCAAGAUUCUCCUCGUCUUGGCAAAGAAGAGUCGCUGGCCCGAUGGCAUGCAGUGGUCUCCCGCCAAGAUCAAGGAGUUCCUCGACUGGGCUCUAGAGAGAUAUCACACUCUACUGGCAGUCAAGGAAGACGAUUAUUCGCCCCUACACCUGGCGGUUACGGACGGAAACGCGGCCUUUGUUGAUGCGGUCCUCAACAACCAAAAGAUGACGAGCCUGGGGUUGGGGCAGAUCCUGUCCGAGACCUGCCAGCACGGCAACGCGCUGCACAUCGCCAUCAAGCACCGCCUGUCCUUGAUCAACCUGCUGAUUGAAAAGUCCGCGCGGUUUAGCGAGAUCUUCUCCAAAGGAGAUCUUCGGUCCCAGAACACGCCGCUGCACGCCUGCAUGGCGAUGGAUCUGCGUGAGGAGGACGAAGGAGACGAGGAGGCCAGCUCGAGCUCGAGCGACGAGGAUGAGAGCGACGAGGAUGAGAGGGACGAGAAUGAGAGGGACGAGAAUGAGAGGAACGAGGAUGAGAGAGACGAGGAUGAGAGCGACGAGGAUCAGCAUAGUCGUAUCCACCACGACUACGAUGGUGGUUCCGCGUCGCGAUAUGUCUUGGACAUCGUCGAGCUGCUCGUGCGGAAGCAGAAGGAGGUGCUGUGGCAGCUGAACGGGGACAAGCGCACGCCAUACCAGGAGCGAAUCAAUCAACUGCGCUCAUCGAAGUUUAUGGAAACCGAGUUAGCCAAGGCCGACAAGCUGGCCGCCGAUGAUAACAAACUGGCCGCCGAUGAAGAAAAGCGCAAGGCGGCGGCUCUGCAGACGAUCGUGGCCAGGGACCCGAUCGCCUCCUUCAUCAGAUACUACUGCAUGACGCAAUUUACGAGGGAUAAGAUCAUGACUUGUCUAUACCAGCCGGGCCAAGAGCGACAUAUUGAGUUCGACCUCGGCGGGCUGCCACACCCUACCAUCUCAGCAGACUACCUCGAUCGGCUCUCACAACACCUGCAAUUUGAGAGCAUAUUGAAGUACGUCGCGUUGCCGAAAGUGACCAUGGAGACCACGACCGUGACUCGGAAGAAAAAGAAAAGCGAGAAUUCACCGAUCCAGCGUGGAUUAUCCGACCUUGUCGCUGUCUUCGAUUGGUUGCGUCGCAACAAUGUCACAAAAAUCAUCAGGGUCAUGGUCGUCGACGACGGGGACCCGGCCCACGCCGACAAGAGCAUAGUCAAAGCCCUCCAGGGGUUCGAAGUCGAGCAAUGGGACUGGAAACGGUUGGAUCUGUGCACAGACGUCAUCUGGAAGUCCACGAGCGUAGUCCAGGAGAUAUCGCUGUACUCCACGGGCAACAACGCCGUGCUGAUGGGCUGGGCGAGUUCACAAGGAUUGCUCAGCAACAAGAAUUUCUCUAAACUCAAGAAAGUGACCCUCUUCAUUCGAGAGGGCCUGGAGGAUGGCGAACAGCUAAAGUCGUACAUUAAUGGCUUUAAGAAAAGGAUCGGAGAUGGAACCCAGGACAGGGUGAAGGUGUAUCAUUUUCUCGAUAACAAGGACGUCAGCUACGCGUCCGACUUUAAGAGAACUGGGCUUCACCUGCAGCAGGAGAACUCCUGGAUCGAUUGCAUGGCGAACUUUGCCAGACUCUUACGCACCGCCCGCAAGCAAGACGGGGGCAGCGUGGAUCCCAUCAAAAUCGCCGUCAUCGACGAUGGCGUGGACGCGUCGCUGGUCAGCCUUGAUAGUAAGAUCGCCACCGGCAAAUCUUUUUGCCCUUAUGCAAACUCAUCGGAUCUGAUAAGUCCGUACUAUGUGUCGUCGGGAAACCACGGCACCUGCAUGGCCACGCUGAUCUCCCGGUUGGCGCCCAACGUCAGCCUGUACGUCGCCCGUCUGGACGAGCGACAGUCGGUCGGCAAUGGACAGCGACAAAUCAUGCCCAAGUCGGCUGCCGAUGCAAUCCGCUGGGCUACCUCCUGUGACGUCCACAUCAUCUCGAUGAGUUGGACGAUCGAGACGCCCGUGGCGGGCAACGAGGACAUGCAGAGCCUAGAGACGGCCGUGCGAGAUGCGGCCAACAAGAACAUCCUCAUGUUCUGCUCAACGAGCGACCAAGGCUCCUCUACCAAGGAUAUCUGCUAUCCUGGUGACUUCGAGGGUUGCAUCAAGAUCGGUGGUGCCACCGACACGGGCGAGGCGUUGGCCUGGGUAAAUGCCGAGAAAAUCGACUUCCUGCUGCCGGGAAAAAACGUACCCUUCGCCAACAAUGAGGGCACCGUCACCUCGUACGAGUCGGGCAGCUCCGUCGCCACGGCCGCGGCGUCGGGCCUCGCCGGCCUGCUCAUCUACUGCGCCAAACUGCUUGGGGAAGGAGACCGCCUACAGAACCGGACGAACAUGCGCGAGGCCUUCAAGGCCAUGUCUACGACGGACAAGAAGUUCCCACGCGUGCAAGAGUACUUUGAGCAGCACUUCAUACGGGAGCUGGCACGGCAAGACGGCCUUGGCGACAAGCCGAAGCGGCUGUUGUCGUCGUACAACGUUUCGACUGAAGAAUGGAACGACAAUUGCAGGAAGGCCUUGGAAUGGGUGAUGCGGCUGGUCGGAGGGAGCAACUAAGUCGUCGCUCGGGUCCAUGUAUGUACGAGGCAGGACUCGGUAAAAGUUUGGAGGAUGCUCGCCCGAGUAGAAACCGAGCAGGGUAUUGUUAAAUACGGCGAGGCCGGGUGUUGGGGGAGAUCAAGUCCACAGGGACCGCCAUUGAACACUUUGCUUCGUACCUGGUCAGCAAGUCCGCCUUCGCGCACAAUAUCCAACUCGUGCCGCACAAGCGUCCCUCCGACAGACCUUGCUGGGUGCUUGCGGGUUGCCGCCGCGAUUCC